AUGAACAAUAAUACCAUAGUUGGAUCUAGCUCGAUGGGAAAUAGCUCUUCUGGGGGGUCUGUAGAUCGGCCGCGGGAUCCCCUGUUGCAAAAUAUGGAGGAUGGUGCAGGUGGUCAGCCAGGAGAUAAUUUAGAUGACGGAGCAUCAGAGCACCGGCAGCGGCCCCAGGAAGUAAUACGCUCGAGGAUGCAGCGCCACUUGAAUUCGUUGGCGAGGAGUUUCAACAUCCUCGAUAGGCUUUUCAAGCGUAACGAGGACCUUGAAAGGUACGCCAGCUCUCGUGGUGCUCAUGUGGGAGCUCAUGCCGAUGGAGUUUUUAGUAAUUUGGCGGCGAAACCCGACCGAAGCGGAUCUGUGGAAAACACUGACAGCGACAAACCGCCUACUUAUGACGAGGCAGCAGCAGAUAUGGUUCCUCCAUACUACGGUGUUGAUGAGGAUGGUGUUGGCCUACUUUAUAAUGAAAUUUGCAUAGAUGGUCUUCCAGUCGGCAACAUCGUUAACUGCUUGUGGAAUCUAAUAAUAAGCUCGAGUUUUCAGUUUAUUGGUUUUCUGAUGACCUAUAUUUUGCACACAUCGCACGCUGCUCGACAUGGUUCGAGGUUUGGUCUUGGUUUCACUUUUAUGCAAUAUGGUUACAGCAUGUUACCAAGGGAUGUUACUAGUAAGGUGGGAAAGAGUAAUGAAUUGAAUAGAUAUGACGUACAAAAUCCAAAUGAUUUUGAGAAUCCGCACCAAUAUCUGUCUUCAGAUACUCCUCAACACAAUUUCAAAUCACAGCUAUCACAUGGUCUGAUAGAGCAGCGAAGUGAUGCUCCUGCGCUUUCUAUUCUCCUAAUAAUAUUCGGCUUGUUCAUACUAAUCAAGAGCGUGUAUGACUAUACCGCAGUUAAACGAAAAGAACGUAAAUUCCUCUCAGGAGCAGAGCCUCAGCCAGUAUGA